UUAUCGAUUUCAUUAGCGAUAAUUGACGAUAAUGUUAUCAUGUCAUUGUCAUGCCAAAGAAAGCCACAUAAGACAUGUAUAAAAUGAAAAUGACGUAUUAUGUUGGAAGCCUCUAAAUAUCUUUAAAAUCCUAUUACUUUUAAAUUUUAAAAUUGUUUGGUUAAGAACAUCAUCAAAGGGAAGCCAUGUUGAAGUAAAAAGAAAAAGAAUGUUGUGGAAUGCAGAGUGUGGUGUCAUCCCAUCAGAGCAGUGAACGAAUUAUUUGUUAAAAAUAAGUAAAUUAAUAGUGACAACCAAGUACUUUUUAUAUUUAUGUAAAUAUAUUCUAUAGAGACUGCUGCUUGAUAUAAAAAGUGUAAUUGUUUUAAGUUUGCUGGGAAUAAGGAUUGAUGAUUCUUUAGCACUAUGCAAGUAAAUGUAGCUGGACUUCGUAGAAACCUAAAGAAUAUAGCACAUAAUUAUUCUGAUGCACAGAAGAAGGUACGAGAGGCUACCUCAAAUGAUCCAUGGGGUCCUAGCAGUACCUUGAUGGCAGAAAUUGCCGAUUUAACAUACAAUGUUGUGGCCUUUACUGAAAUAAUGCAAAUGAUAUGGAAACGAUUGAAUGAUCAUGGAAGAAAUUGGAGGCAUGUCUAUAAGGCUCUAGUUCUUUUAGAAUAUUUAAUUAAAACUGGGUCUGAGAAAGUGGGACAGCAAUGCAAAGAAAAUAUUUUUGCCAUACAAACAUUGAAAGACUUUCAAUAUUUGGAAGAAGGAAAAGAUCAAGGUCAAAAUGUAAGGGAAAAGGCAAAAGUUUUAGUGAAUUUGCUAAAGGAUGAUGAGAGAUUAAAGAACGAACGUGCAAGAGCCUUAAAAGCUAAAGAGAGAUUUGCACAAACUGCAAGCGCCUUUGGCAGUGACGGAGGACUGGAUACCCCUAGUAGUCCCAAGUACCCUGCUUUUGGUGGAGGCAGUUGGAGUAGCAGCAAAGAUUCAGUUGAAUUACCAAAAGAACUGGAACUGGCAAGACCACAGACCGCAGGGGAAGAAGAAUUACAAUUGCAAUUAGCUUUAGCAAUGUCAAGAGAAGAAGCAGAACAAGAAGAACAAAAAAAGAGGUCUGAUGAUGUCCGAUUGCAGAUGGCACUUAGCCAAAGUCAGCAGGAUUUCAAGGAGGAGCAAGAGAAACACAAAGGAAAUCAGAGUCACAUGUUGGACCUUUUAGACGUCAAUUUGGGUAGUGAAGCUGCUGCUAUUGCGAACAACGAUCCUUGGAGCUUGUCGCAGCCUCCACCUCGACCUCAGUCUUUGGAUUUCUCUCAACUUUAUUUUAUGUCGAAGCCGUCAGGGGUUGAUCCCUGGCAGCCGGUAACGGGUGUGAAAUCGCUUGGGGGGAGCCCGUGGAUAGCACCGCCCAUUUCUGCCCACUCGCCUCCAAUUCCUCCUACCUCGUCCGCAGUGCCUUUAGAUCGGAACGUAGCGGCGGCCGCACGGGCCGAUCCCUGGUCACCGGCCAGUCAGAGCUCUUCGACUGAUCUGGAGGACUUCGAUGCAAUCACGAAUAGAACGCAGUCGCCCAAAGUAAACGGUACAUCGAACAAUAACGACGUGAACGGUAGUAAUGGGACUGCGGAUCCCUUCGAACUGAACUUGCUGAACGAGAAUUUGCCUUCCCCAGGACCCAGUCCGUCGACCGGGGCCACAAAGAAGACACCCCAAGCCUUCCUCGGAGACAACGCCGCCCUGGUGAAUCUUGAUAAUCUUGUCACGCCGAGUAAACCGUCAACACUUUCGUCAGCUGUUGCAAACCCGUUCUCUGAUCCCACGCCCCCGAAGCCGUCAAUAAAUCAGAUAAAACAGGUACCGUUCCAGCCGGCGCAAUUCACCCCCACAUCCACACCUGCUUAUCCCACAUCAGGUCUGGGGGUGGCUUACGUUCCACCACAACCGACCUCGCCUUACGCUAUCAGUCCCCAGUUUGCCACUUCCGCCACUAGCGUGCCGUUCGCUUCACCCACCACUUUUGGCCCCACGGGUUCCGCUGGGCAGCCAACGAACGAUCCCUGGGCACCGAUCGGGACUUCGGCGAGUCCGUGGGGUGUUAAACCACGAGAACAAGCUAAUCCAUUCUUGUCAUAACAACGUAACGACCGUGGUCUGUUGCUGAUCAAUAACAAUAAAUUGUUGAGCAUAUUGAAUAAUAAACAUCCAAGUUAAUUGAGUAUUAGAGGUACAACUUGAUAUUGUGUAAAAUUAUAUAAAAAAAAGUGGUGCGAAGUACUAGAUAGGAAUUUUUUGAAGUACAUAUAUAAAUAGAACAGUAUGAAUUUUGCUUUACAUGUACAUUUUCCGAGUCAUUCUGUUUUUAUUCUUUUUUUUAGUCAACGGAAACGUUCAAACUAAUCAAAUGUCGUUUCUAAAAUUUGUCUUCAUUUUUAUUUAAUUUUUUUUUGCUUAUCACACGCGAACGUAUUGUGAUCCAUAUUGCUCAUUAUUUUUUUUUAUUUUUUUGUAUUACUAUUCGACGUUGCUCAGUGUAUUUAGCGAUGUAUUCUUAUCUUACACUUUUUUAUACUACAGAUUUUAUAUCAUCUUAGAUGAUGAAACAAUUCUAAAUAAAAAAAAGGAUUAAAAAUAAUAUAACACAAUAAUAACAUAUAAAUAUACUUUUCACGGCUGGCACGUGAACUUGUGCACUUUUAAGAACUUGCACGCAGUAAAAACACCAAAAAUCAUUUAUUUUUUUAUUACUACUGUUAUUAUUAUUUAUGUUUUAUGCCUAUCGUUGUUAUUAAUUAAUCUAUUAUUCUUUUUGCUGUCACGCUUUGUAGAAAACGCUUAGUUUACAUAAAUUAUGUUUGCAGUGGAGAACGCUAUUAAAGGUGUAUUUGUUCAUGUGUUUUGCGAAUAACAAGGACGUGGUUGCAACAAACUUAUUAUACAGGGUGGAGGGCGAUUGGCUUUAGUUAAAGUCAAAAUCGGUGUGUUUAAAAUACGUACUUGCUUACCUAUACAUGUUUUUAAUUAAUAGACACCUUCUACAUAUGUAUUCUAAUGUAAUACAAAGAGUCAAUAGUU